UGUGUCCGACAAACAGUGCCGGAAACUGAGCCUUGGCAGUAGUGGGGGAAGGGUCUGCCGUGCAAGGGGCGCCGGCCGCCACCAUCUCAUUCUGUUGUAACUGCCGCCGCCUCGUUCGCUGUGUAGACUGUCAAACAUAGACAAUACAAAUGGACAAAAAAAUAGUGAGCAAAGUGAACAUCCGACGCGCCGUGCUCGGCACCUGCGUCGUGCUGGUCGCCGACGGCGGCGGCGGGGCGCGGCCCCGCAAGGUGACCAUCACCCUCCUCCGGCGUCGGGGGUGCUGGCGAGCCCUCAGCUCGCGGAGGGUGGCCGUCUUCGCCUUCCCGGAGGCGUCCGGCCACAUCUCCGUCCCUGCCCCGCUGGACCUGGAGUACCUCUUCAGGUGCAGCGGCAAGGCAGACGCCGCAGCCAUGCAGAUCAAGAUCUGUGUGGCGUACUGCCGCGGUGCCACUCGCAAGGCCCGCGUGAGCCUGGAGGAAUUCCUCGAGGCGCUGCUGCAUGGAGGCCGACCUGGCAGUUUCCACCUGUACAUCUACGAGGACAAGGUCGGCCUGCUGCAGGCUAGUGAACAGUUCCAGGCCCUUCCAACAACAUGGCCGCUGGAACAGAAAACUGGCAAAGAGAAGGCCACUGACACUGACACUGACGAUGCCACCUACAAUGAGUGGAAGCUUUACCUGGAAGAGGUAUUUUCCGUGAAAGAUGAUGAACAAAACACCGACAAUGAUGAUACCACCUACAACGAAAGGAAGGUUUACCUGGAAGAGGUAUUUUCCGUGGAAGAUCAUGAACAAAACACCUACAAUGACGAUGCCACCUACAACGAAAGGAAGGUUUCCCUGGAAGAGGUGUUUUCCGUGAAAGAUGAUGAAGUAAACACCGAUAAUGAAGAUGCCACCUACAACGAAUGGAAACUUUACCUGGAAAAGGUGUUUUCGGUGGACGAUGAUGAAGAAAACACCGACAAUAAUGACGAUGCUUACAGUGACCGGAAUGUUCUCCCAGGAGACGUGUUUGCAGUGGAAAAUAAUGACUUAGACGAGCCGGUCCACGAAGCUGGGGAAGGCACUUGUAUUGAUGGCACUGCUUCACACGAGGGGGUCCACGAACUGUUGGAAGUCUUUGGCGACGCUGCUACAAAAGAGGAAGAAGUCUCUGGUGCCGCUGCCGCACGAGAGGAAACCCCCGAGCUUGGGGAAGCCCCUGGUUCCGCCGCCGCAGAAGAGGAUGUCCCCGAGGUAGGGGAAGCCUCUCGGAGCAGUCAAAGUGCCACAGACAGGGAGGUUUCCCUUCAAGGCGACGCUCCUUCACCAGCCGUCGUCUCUGCCGCCUCCGCCACAGCUUCCCACGCUUACCGCAGCCUCACAGUGCCUCACAGAUUCAUGGCCCGCCUCGCAGGUCCCAGUAUCUGCCUGCUGGAGGAUCUGCAGGUGAGCCAUGACGUCAGCAUCGUGCAGGUCAGGCGAACCCUUCACAUCAAGGGCCACAGAGACGCCGUCCUGCAGUGCCACCGCCACAUACGCGGCGAGAUCGCCGAGUGGCGGAGGCAAGAGGCCGCUGAUGCUGCUAAGGCUCAGUAAGCGACCCACAGACAUGCCUGUGGCCCGUGACGGCCUCGUUGUCACCAUGUUUCCUAUUGUUUCUCUUUUCUUAUCA